GGGGGGCGGAGGGCCGGCGGGGAGGGUGGCGGCUCACACCGGACCCGGCGGGGGCCGCGCCAUGAGGCGAGUCACCCUGUUCCUGAACGGCAGCCCCAAGAACGGGAAGGUGGUUGCUGUGUAUGGAACUUUAUCGGAUUUGCUUUCUGUGGCUAGCAGUAAACUUGGCAUAAAAGCCACCAGUGUGUACAACGGGAAAGGCGGACUGAUUGAUGACAUUGCUUUGAUCAGGGAUGAUGAUGUCUUGUUUGUGUGUGAAGGAGAGCCAUUUAUCGAUCCUCAGACAGAUUCUAAAUCACCGGAAGGACUGUUUGGGUCUAACACAGACUGGCUAACCUUAAAUGUCGGAGGGCGGUACUUUACAACUACACGGAGCACCUUAGUGAAUAAAGAACCUGACAGUAUGCUGGCCCACAUGUUCAAGGACAGAGGUGUCUGGGGGAAUAAGCAAGAUCACAGAGGCGCUUUCCUAAUUGAUCGAAGUCCUGAGUACUUUGAACCCAUUUUGAACUACUUGCGUCACGGACAGCUCAUUGUAAACGAUGGCAUUAACUUAUUAGGUGUGUUAGAAGAAGCCAGGUUUUUUGGCAUUGACUCAUUGAUCGAGCACCUGGAAGUGGCAAUAAAGAACUCUCAGCCACCAGAGGACCAUUCACCAAUAUCUCGAAAGGAAUUUGUUCGAUUUCUACUAGCCACACCGACCAAAUCAGAAUUGCGUUGCCAGGGGUUAAAUUUCAGUGGUGCUGAUCUUUCUCGUUUGGACCUCCGAUACAUUAAUUUCAAAAUGGCCAAUUUAAGCCGCUGCAACCUUGCUCACGCAAAUCUGUGCUGUGCAAAUCUUGAACGAGCUGAUCUUUCAGGAUCAGUGCUUGAUUGCGCAAAUCUCCAGGGGGUCAAGAUGCUCUGUUCCAAUGCAGAAGGCGCAUCCCUGAAGCUGUGUAAUUUUGAGGAUCCCUCUGGUCUUAAAGCCAACUUGGAAGGUGCUAAUCUGAAAGGUGUGGAUAUGGAAGGAAGUCAGAUGACGGGGAUUAACCUGAGAGUCGCCACCUUGAAAAACGCCAAGUUGAAGAACUGUAACCUAAGAGGGGCAACCCUGGCAGGGACUGAUUUAGAGAACUGUGAUCUGUCUGGGUGUGACCUUCAGGAAGCCAACCUACGGGGUUCCAACGUGAAGGGGGCCAUCUUUGAAGAGAUGCUGACGCCGCUCCACAUGUCCCAAAGUGUCAGAUGAGGGCUUCGGGUCGAAGGAGGACGGCCGAGAAGAAAGAUGGUUCCUUCAUCAUUUUCUUUCUCCACUCAGAUGUCUAGAAGAAAUAACACUGUACCGGAAUUUCUAAAAACAUUUAGAGGAUUGCGCUUUUUGUUCAGUGGUGCAUAAAGGGGAAAAACGUGAAUUUUCCCCCCACAUUCUGAUUUUAAGAAAAGCUUUCAUGUAAUAGAUGUAGAGAAGGAAUCUAGAUUAUACUGCUGCCUUUUGAAUGGAGUGGGGAGUGCCUGGUUUUGUGAUCAGAAAUAGUAGCUCUUAUAUUUGCUUUUAAAUAGGCAUGAUAUGGAAAUACCAUCUUGGUUGAAGAUGCAUUUGAGAAUUUUAAUUUAUGGAAAGCACAACAUAUGCAAUUAUAUUUAUUGAAUACCUAGAUGCAGUAUGGAUGUUUAAAUUGUUCAACUUUAUGAGAACAUUGGAAAGGUCGUUCAGGUUGAUAAAUAGCUUUAGCGAUGCCUCCUUUCUUUAAAUACCUGCACACCCUCUGAAUGUGGUGAGCUCAGACUCCCUAAAGCUCUCGUUUUCAGGUUCGUUUUUCUGAUGUUUACUUUUUAGAGCAAGUAGCUACAUGAGAAGCUCCACCUCAGUGAGAACGGAGCGACCUUCCCAAGGCCGGCCCUCUGACUCCAGAGGAAGGCCAACGUGCCUGUAGCUCUGGCGUCCCCAGAACGAGUGUGGUGCGGGGCCACUCUCGGCGAGGUCCACUGACACCGCUGGCUAAGUACGUGAUCAACACGGGCAUGGAAAGGUACUUCAGAACCAAAAAGCCAAAGGUGCGUCUCGUCUACUGCAAGCGCCGGUUCACAGGGCCAGCUUAGACAUUGACCUGUCGGAAGGCAACACAGCGGGCCGGCCAGCACAAGCCCCACAGUGGGGAACGAGGAACCGCAAGCUCGCGUCUGACAGUAGCCACCAAAAACACGAAUCUGAAGAAGCGUUUGGCUGGUCUAAGAUGCAAUAUCAGUUGGUCAGCACCUUUGAUUCUUUUACUUCUGUUUUCUGUUGCAUGUGUUUUGUUCUGUUUAAUCAAAAUUUAGCUUGGUUUUCUUGAGUCGUUAUCUCGGCUACAGCAGCGAGAUGGGGCCUUUCCCCCUUCCCCGUCCAGUGUCCUUACGUGUACCCCAAGAGCAGGGAUGUCAGCUGUGUCCAAACGGGUUCUGAAUCCUAUAGCCUCAUCAUUACCUUAGGCAGUGAACCGCGGAGCACCAUCUGUGUCUCCCGGGGCAGGGUGACGCGGUGUCAGUAUUUCCGUAGCUUCUCUCUCGACAUAUGCAAAGCUUUCCUCCCCAGAGAGGGGCUGCCCAGCCCCGCGGGAGGAGGGCGCUCCUCUACGGGGGAGGAAAGCAACUGUAGAAAUAAAUUAUUUUCUUUGCUUUAUUAUUUUUACCAAGACAGAGAAGUAUUGUAUUGAAAGAUAUCUAUUUUCAUAAUCAAUAUGUGCCUAAAUUAUAUUUAAAUCAUUUCACUCUGUACUAUAUUUUCAAGAAUUAUAGAGUGUGUUUGUUCGCUUAAGGGUACCUCUGUAGACAAAGCUAAAACUGCAGAAGGAGCUGGAAGACUGAAACACAGUGUGCUUAGAAUCUGCAUUAAUAAACAACAUGAAAUGUUGAAAAGACA